GUCCAUUCUGGCGGAAUCGAUAAUAUUUCGCCGGAAAUAGCACAAUAUUAUUGAUUUAGGAGUCAAUUUGAGUUAUGAAAUGCAUCCAAUGAGUUCAAAAAUUCAAUAUUGCCCGAAAAUCCACUAAAAAGAACAUUUAUGAGACUUCAACGGCAAAAUGUUGACGCCAAUAAACCACACGAUUUAUUGCAAACAACUGACGGUGAAAUAAAAAAGAAUUUCACAAAAAGCAUACUUUUAAUCUCUUUUUCAUAUUUUUUCUCAAAAGAUAUGUGCAAUAUUCAAUGUUAUUUUCCGUGACAUGCCGAGGCUUUACAUAUUUUGUGAGCUUUCAUGCCGCUCAGUGACUCGAAAAGGGAAAUUGAAAAAUUUUUUAAUUAAAUUCUCCCCAUUCAAUAAAUUGCCAUCAGAAGUUAAUCAAUUGUGUGGAGAGCCUCGAAUAGCUCUCAAUCGAAUAUCGCUAAUGAUAUGUAAAUAUGUGACAACAAAUUCUGUUUGGCAACAGAUAAACCGCCAACAUGUUCAUUGAUAAUCGCUUGUGGACUUUUCAAACCCGAUCCGCAAAAACCCCUUCGAUAUUCUGCACUUUCAACUUUAAUUUCCACUCUGGAUCACAUCGCUCCAUUAUUGUUUUAAUGUAAUUGGAGCGAGCAGAGUGUGUGGCAUUAAAAAUGCUCCUUUGUCGUCAGAUGGACGACUCUCACCACAAUUCACCGGAUGCUGCGAAAGUGUCUCCAAUAUCUAGCCACUGACAUCCUCUAAUAACAAUUAAUUCCGCGCUAUAAGGGUGUAAUCCAAUUACGAUGGCGUAUUAUCGAGAGAUGCAUUCAAUGAAAUAUUUCCGAGGACGCUGAAAUAAAUACAUCAAAGUCUCUUCCAUUCGAUCGAUCAUUUAUAAUAAUCAAUCAGCCUAUUAGCUCGACUAUCUUUUGCCAGUGGUCAAGUUGAAUUCAAUGGAAUUCACAUUAUAUUCACGAAUCCAUAUUCUCUUAAUCACCAUUGAUUGAUAUCAAAAUUAAUUCAUCGUCUUUUGAAUGUAUUUUAUGUAAUAAAUGAAAACAGCAAAAAGUGAGACAGAAAGCUCGUUCAAGUGGAUGAACGUUAAUUGCAAAACAUGAGAAUUUCAGAUAAAAAUGCACUGGAUUCUCGAGAAGAGUCUUUGACCUGAGAGUGCAGCAAUUCAGACACAAAAUCAAUCAAUUUCCUCGCAUUUUCUCCCCACAACGACCCAGACUUGAUUUAGAGUCAGUCAAGAGACAAGGAGAAUUAAGUGACACUGUGAGGAUUUUGCUAUUUUCAAUUGGAUUCACGUGUUCUUUCGCCUCUUGAACUAAAGGUGAUAUAAAACAGAAUAUCAGUAGAAGUUCCUCAGUUCCGUUGGAGAAGUUUCGAAAAGACAAUCUUGUAAAAUUAACAAAACAACAAUGAAUCUUAAAUCGGUGAGUUACAAUUGCUACACUAAUGCUAAACUGUGCUGACAAGACAUGGAAAUGUCUUCCCUUUAGAUUGCCUUGUUUGCAAUUCUUCUCCAUCAAUCAAUUUGCAUUUUGUGCAUUCCAACAGAUUCAGGUGAGAUUUCGUUAAAGUGAAAAAUUAACAAGUUUCCCAAAAUUUCCCUGCAAUCAUAUUCAUGUAAUGAGUUUUGUGUUCUUUUUUAAAUGACAAUUUGUGAAUGGGUUUCAUUCAAUUCAUUUAUUUUCUCCAAAUUAUUCGGUGCCAAGUCAAUUAUUCGAGUAAUUCAAUUACUUUGAUCGUGUCAAAAUAUUCAAUUCGCUUUCAAGUUCGCUUUGAAUGAAUGUUGCUGGCAAUCAAUGAAAAGCUCGAAUAUCAACAAACACCCACACUCUCAAAAUCGUAAUUACCAAUGAGCAUGCUUUGGCAAAUGUGUUGGUGUUUAUUGCACCAAAAGCCGCUGAUAAGAGAGAAAGAGAGUCCAAAGAGAGGUUCAUUUGAGCUCUAGCAACGUGGACAAUUGGCAAUCAGUGAAAAACUUCUCAUGUGUAUCAAUUAGAAAUUCCACUUUCAAUUGUGUGUAUUCGUGUGAAAGUUUAAAUAAUCAGCGAAAUGUAUUAAAUAACACUCAAAUUCUCCCACUCCAAGAGUGAAUUUCAAUCCAUUUUCGUGUCUGCCACGGCAAUGCCAAAUUGUAUACUCGAUUGACGGCAUUUUGCGACCAUCUCCACCGCAUAUCAAGAGUGUUCAAUGUGUCUGUGUGUCAUGUCAAAGUGCCAAAAAGUGCAAUCAUUGCCACCGAGAUAGCAAACACUGCAUAAAUGAUGUUCCUCUCAGGCCCAGUGAAGGUCGACAACGAUUUGUCGCUGGCGAUCAGUCGCAUGCAACAGAAUUUUGGUGCCUACCUCAAGAGAGCCUUCACCAAUGCACACGUUCGACGCGCUGACGUCGACACUGGAGCGCCACAUGUUAUUUUGGAUAAGACGUUCUUCCAAGAUAAGAAUAGUGAUGUAAUGAUUAAAAAUUUACGUACCAUUAAGAGCGAAUCCCCGCGAAUGUUGUCCAUCCAGGCGGAAAUGCUGCAAGAUAUCCUCACUCUGUCUGUGGAUUUAGGCGCUCUAUCGUUGGAGUGUGAGUACGAGAUGAUCAAUCAUGACGUGAUGAAGCUCCUGCCGGUGUCCAGCGAUGGUAUCCUCAAUGCCACAAUUGAGAGCACUCGAGCUGAAGGACGAGUCGGCUACAGGAUCACAGGAGACUCUCUGCAAGCAAUAAAUUUCGAUGUAGAAUAUAAAAUGGGUCGAAUUCAUCUGCAAGCGACUUACUCAGAAGGUGGACAGAAGAUGCACAGCCAGAGCACAAGGGAAUCUAUCGACGAGACAAUCUUGAAGGGUGUGCGCAGGGAUUUCGAGCGGUACUUCGAAGACCAACUCCGGGAGCAGCUCAACAACGUCCUUCAGGAUGUUUCGCUGACUCAGAUGUUCGAUGAAGAUGACGAUCUCGUGAAGAAGUACGCGCUGCGAGGAUUAUCUCGCUCGACUGCCGCCAAUAACCUCGUGGAUAUGUUUCUGGUGCAAAUUCGCAAGUUUAUCAGCGACUGGGGCUACUCUCAGAUUGAUAUUGAGGAUUUGAGGAAGUCAUUCCGAUAUCCGUUCGACUCAUUCAGCAUCUUUUGGGGAUCGUUCGAGGCCACCGAAGGCACAGCACGCAAUCUGUCCACGAUCUAUCGCACUGGGGACUUUUCCAUUCAUCACGAGCAGAACCAAAUGGUGAUAUUUGGAUCUCUGGGCCUCAAUGAACUUGCGUGCAAUUAUGAGAGCUACAGAGCCAAAGUGUGGAAUAUUGGGCCAUCUGGAAAGAUUUCAGCGACGACGGGCCACAACUCAGUCAAAUUGCGCAUCGUCAGCACCGGAUGGAUCACAAGCAUUGAGAAUGCAGCAGACAAGAUCAUCGAUCUGGAUUUCAAAGUGGAGAGAAUUGAUGACAUCAAGGUGUCAAUCACGGGACUCUGGAUUCUCAAUAACCUGGCAUCGACUUUCAUCUCCUGGAUAGCAGCUUUAUUCAAUUCCUCCAUCAUCGUGUUAGUGGAAGACACAAUAAAACAGCAAAUGCGCCAAUUUCUCUCACUAAAGUCAUGAUUCGACGUUCUUUUCUGAAAUGAUAUUAAGUAAAUGUUAAAUUUUGUGCAUUUUCAUGAAAAAGAAAUUACGCUUACCAAUAAAUUGUGCAAUGUUCAGUGUCUGCAUUUUGGCAUCAUGGGCGAAAAAUACCAUCGACAGUGCAUUGAUUGUUAAAGUGCUGACAAUGCGC